AAAGUACGAAAAGAAAUGACCCUUUUCGUUAUUUUCUAAGCUAUCUCAAUACUUCAAAUUUAAAAAAUCUUUUGUUUUCUUGUAACUCCAUGAUUUUCUAAAUUCCUCCUCCUCAAUCUUGCCAUGUCUAUUUCUUGGUAAAUGAACAUUUUAAAGAAUCUGAUAUUAAACGAUCUGAGCUGAGCUAGUAUAACAUUAUUUGAAAUGUCAAUCUCCAGAAAAACUAUUAUUCAAACCGUUUCAUUCUGCUACCUACCUGCUGCCUUGGAACUUUCUCCUAUUUUGGCAUUUAUCUUUCACACAAGAGAAGAAAGAAAAUAUCUUGAGCAAACUACCUUGCCUCUGCGAAGAUCUGCACCAUUGUUAUUUGUCAAGUGAGAAACAGUUGUGUUCUGGUCAAGUGCUAUAAAUAGUUAUCACAUAAUUCAAAGCUUCCAUUUUUUUACUUGCAGAUACAUUCAAUGAAGAAAUAAUCGAUUUUGGACUAGAUUCAUGAGAGCUGAAUCCAAGAUUUUCCAACCGGAAACCAAAAGCCCAUUUGGGAUUCCGACCCUUUUCGUUUCUUGCAUCAUUUCCAUGUCAAAUCAAGAUCCGAGUUGAGUCAGUUGACUUUUCUGAAACUAUCCCUUCAUAAAUCUUGUCGAAAAAGAUCAGAUUUUUCCAGCCCCAGAAGCUUUUUUGUUCCAGAUUACGAGUGAUGGGGGAGGAUGAAAGGCUCCCAACUUACGGCGAUGAAGAGCGGGAGCUUCAGCCGCCGCCGCCGGUGGCGGAGAGCGAGAUGCGGAGCAUUUUCUGCAGCCCUGUUCAUUGGUUCAAAAUGCUUGCGAGGGAACUGCAUUGGAGCUUUGUGUUUGGAGUGGUGAUUGUGUAUGGCGUGAGCCAAGGCUUAGGUGGAGCCCUUGCGAGAGUUGGGACGCAGUUUUACAUGAAGGAUGUGCAGAAGGUGCAGCCAUCUGAGGCGCAGGUCUACGCCGGCAUCACUUCUCUUCCUUGGAUCGUCAAGCCGCUCUGGGGUAUCCUAACCGACGUUGUUCCGAUUUCGGGGUAUCAACGGAGACCUUAUUUCGUUUUUGCUGGUUCCCUGGGAAUUGUUUCCAUGCUGUUCUUGUCGCUGCAUCCGGGACUACACAUAGUAUUAGCAUUGCUUUCACUGACAGCAGCGAGCGCCAGUGUUGCAAUUGCAGAUGUUACUGUCGAUGCAUGUGUGGCACAGAAAAGCGGCCUUCACCAUUCCCUGGCAGCUGACAUGCAAAGUUUAUGUUCCUUGAGCUCCUCAAUCGGGGCUCUCGUGGGAUUUUCUCUGAGUGGUAUAUUUGUACACCUAAUUGGGCCCCAGGGGGUAUAUGGCUUGUUAACGAUACCAGCUGGGCUAGUCUUCGUAGUUGGUAUAUUGCUCAAGGAACAACGCGUUUCCAGCUUUGGUUAUGAACAGAUCAGUCAGAACUUAGCCAAUGCUGGUAAAGCUAUGUGGAAUACGUUGAAAUGCCCAGACGUGUGGAGGCCGUGUCUGUACAUGUACUUGUCCUUCUCGUUGGGCCUAAAUGUCUCCGAGGGGAUGUUCUAUUGGGUGACAGAUUCAGCAGCCGGCCCUUCGUUUUCUAAGCAAAUAAUUGGUUAUAUCAUGGCAAUAGGCUCCGUGGGCUCGCUCCUCGGGGCUAUCCUAUACCAAUACGGCCUAAAAGACUAUCCCUUCCGGGAUCUGCUCUUCUGGGCUCAGAUCCUAUCCUGCCUCUCCGGAAUGCUGGAUCUGGCGCUGGUGCUGCGCUGGAACUUGAGGCUCGGUGUGCCCGACUUAUUCUUCGUGGUGGCUGAUGCAAGCGUGUCCCAAAUGAUCGGGCGCUUGAAAUGGAUGCCACUUCUUGUUCUGAGCUCCAAGAUGUGCCCACCUGGGAUUGAAGGCACCUUCUUUGCCCUGCUCAUGUCAAUAGACAAUGCCGGCCUCCUCACCUCGUCGUGGUUGGGAGGUCUCCUGCUGCACGUCUUGAACGUUACACGGACAGAGUUCGACAACAUGUGGCUCGCUAUUCUGAUCAGGAACGUGCUGAGGAUCGCCCCACUCUUCCUGCUGUUCUUGGUGCCUAGAGCAGAUCCCAACUCCUCUCUUCUCCCUGAUGAUGUUGUCAACAUCAAAGAAACGGCUGAAUCCGAAAACGUCGAGCUCGUCGCGCUCGUAGACCGCACAGAUGGUGGUAGAUAGGACUGCUGAAGGGUGUUCAAGCACCAGAAGGCCUAGACAUCUCACCUGAGUUCACUGGUUUGUUGAGGAAAAUGACCCUUUUGUUAGGCCAUUGUAUUCUUUCAUCUUCUUAUACAUUUUUUUGGGGGGAAAUUACUGAAUUUUGUUCCAUAUGUACUGUUGAAAUUUUACUAUACAUACUUUUCAUACAAAUUGUGAACUGUGGGAAAUUUUAAUUAGAUUCUCAUUGGAUCUAUA